ACCGACCCCGAAAUGAAAUCAUCUCCGAGCCCCAAAAUUUUGACAACGAGGAGAAGCAUGCAGACGCAACCAAAUUAUGUGGCUCACAUCAUCAAGCUUUCUGUCACUCUCUCCAUUUGUUUUCCAAAGUGAUUUGAAUAUCACAGCCGGAGAGAAGAAGAAGAAGAUCAAGGGGAGUGUGGUGUUGAUGAGAAAAAAUGUUCUCGACUUCAAUGACUUAUCGGCUUCGGCUUUCGAUACUGUGAAUGAGUUGUUGAGUCAAGGCAUUUCCGUGCAGCUAGUUAGUGCUACUAAAACUUAUCAGUCUGCAAAUGGCUUGAAAGGGAAAAUUGGAAAGCCUGCAUAUUUGGAGAACUGGAUGUUUUCACUCAUUCCCCUAGCAGCAGGAGACUCUGCAUUCGGGGUUAGCUUCGAUUGGGAUGACCAAAUUGGAGUUCCUGGAGCUGUAGUAAUCAAAAACAAUCACACAAGUCAGUUCUUCCUCAAGAGCAUCGUACUCGAAGAUGUUCCGGGUGUGGGUCGGAUGAACUUUGUUUGCAACUCAUGGGUCUACCCUGCAAAAAAUUACAAGAAAGACCGCGUUUUCUUCCUCAACAAGUCAUAUCUCCCAAGUGACACACCAGUGCCACUACAAAAGUAUAGAGAAGAGGAACUGGUAGACUUAAGAGGAGAUGGAACAGGAGAGCUCAAGGAAUGGGACAGGGUUUAUGACUAUGCUUACUACAAUGAUCUCGGGGAUCCAGAUAGCGGCAAAGAUUAUGUCCGGCCAGUUCUUGGAGGGUCUAGCAAGUACCCUUACCCUCGCAGAGGAAGAACUGGGCGACCACCAACAAGGACAGAUCCCAACACCGAGAGUAGGCUGAUGAUGAUUAUGACCUUAGACAUGUACGCUCCAAGAGAUGAAAAGUUUGGACACUUAAAGAUGUCCGACUUCUUGGCUUAUGCACUCAAAUCCCUAGCUCAAGUCAUUAGACCCCAGCUAGAAGCUUUCUUUGAUGCAACGCCCAAUGAGUUUGACAGCUUUGAUGAUGUACUCAAUCUUUAUGAAGGUGGAUUUCCAAUGCCUACAGCCUUAUUAAAGAACAUGAGGGAGGCUGUCCCUUUGCCAAUGCUCAAGGAAAUGUUCCGAACUGAUGGUGAACAAUUCCUCAGGUUCCCAAUACCUCGAGUGAUAAAAGAGGAUAGGUCUGCUUGGAGGACGGAUGCAGAAUUUGGCAGAGAAAUGGUGGCCGGAGUGAACCCUCUAAUCAUUCGUCGUCUCGAAGAAUUUCCUCCAAAGAGCAAGCUAGAUCCAAAAGUUUAUGGUGAUCAAACCAGUAGAUUAACAGAAGAACACAUAAAGAGCAACCUAGAUGGACCAAGUGUGGAGGAGGCAAUCAAGAACAACAAGUUAUUCAUACUCGACCAUCAUGAUUCAUUGAUGCCAUAUGUGAGGCUGAUAAACAAGGAUACUAAGCACAAGAUCUAUGCUAGCAGGACUCUCCUUCUCUUGAGAAGUGAUGGAACGUUGAAGCCACUGGCGAUUGAGUUGAGCUUGCCUCAUCCUGAUAAAGAUGAACUGGGCUGCACUAGCAAAGUAUACACACCAGCUGAACAAGGUGUAGAAAGCUUCAUAUGGCAACUAGCUAAAGCUUAUGUGGCUGUAAAUGACUCCGGAUAUCAUCAACUUAUUAGUCACUGGUUGAAAACUCACGCAGUGAUCGAGCCAUUUAUAAUUGCUACCAACAGGCAGCUGAGUGUGCUUCACCCAAUUUACAAACUUUUACAUCCUCAUUUCCGUGACACCAUGAAUAUUAAUGCACAAGCCAGGCAACUCCUCAUCAAUGCUGGUGGGAUUUUGGAGAUGACAUGUUUUCCAUCCCAGUAUGCAUUGGAGAUGUCAUCGGCGGUUUACAAGGAUUGGGUUUUCCCUGAGCAAGCUCUCCCUGCAGAUCUCCUCAAGAGAGGAGUGGCGGUCAAGGAUGAAAGUUGUCCACACGGUCUUCGCUUACUGAUAGAGGACUACCCAUUUGCUGUUGAUGGGCUUCAGAUUUGGUCCGCAAUAAAAACUUGGGUGGAAGAGUAUUGCAAUUUCUACUGCAAGAGUGAUGACAUGGUCCAAAAAGACCCUGAACUCCAGUUCUGGUGGAAGGAACUUGUAGAGAAGGGUCACGGUGACUUAAAAGACAAGCUGUGGUGGCCUAAAAUGCAGACUCGCAAAGACCUAGUCGAAACAUGCACUAUCAUCAUAUGGAUUGCUUCAGCUCUCCAUGCAGCUGUCAACUUUGGACAGUACCCUUUCGCAGGGUACCUUCCAAACCGCCCCACUGUUAGCCGAAGAUUCAUGCCCGAAGAAGGAACUCCUGAAUAUGAGGAGCUCAAGCAGAACCCUGAUAAGGCUUUCUUGAAAACAAUUACUGCUCAGCUUCAGACCCUGCUCGGCGUUUCCCUCAUCGAAAUUCUGUCCAGGCAUGCUAGUGAUGAGGUGUAUCUGGGGCAGAGGGACAGUCUCGAGUGGACAACUGACAAGGAGGUGUUAGAAGCAUUUGGGAGAUUUGGGAAGAAACUGGCUGAAAUAGAGAAUGGAAUUGAAAUUAGGAACCAGAAUAACAAUCUGAAGAACCGAGUUGGACCGGUGAAGAUGCCCUACACUUUGCUCUACCCUACUAGUGAAGAAGGACUUACUGGCAAGGGAAUUCCAAACAGUAUCUCGAUCUGAAGCUUCUUCAACUGCAUGUGUUGUUUGCUACGCUUGGUUUUCCUAGUGUGUUUGGGAGGUCUAUAAAUAAAAAAACCCCAAAUGUUAAAAUGUGUUCGCUAUAAAUAGAUUAUAAUCAUGUUUUUUUUU